CAUUCCCCCUCUCCUCUCCUGUCUGCGCUGUCUUUUCCUUGGGGUUGAGGCAGGCAGGGAGAAGUGCUGCUCUGGAGAGUGACGGUGCUCGGGAGACAACACGUUCAGCCGCUGUUGUAAAACGCAAGAGGUGGACUAAAUGUCAGGCGCCACCGCUCGCCUGUUCUUCCUCUUUCCCCUCUCACUCUAUCGCUCUCCUGCUCUGCUCUGGCUGUCUCUAUCUGCAGCUCGCUGGCUGGCUACUCUCUCUCGUUGACUAGGGUUUGGCUGGCUGAGCAGCGGAGUGAAUUAACGCAGUGGACUACCUGCUGCCUGGGGAUUGUGUGCGCUGUGAAUACUCCGUGAAUACGCAAAGCUCCAAGUUGUUGUUUUGGCUGCCAGUGAAUGGGCCUGUCCCUCGGAGGAGCAACUCGAAGGAGAUCAUCCGCAGCCAAGCCCAGGACAAGCAACCGGGAGUAGCCUCUGGAGCAGGAACAGACAGAAGGAGUGGAUUCUUGAGAAAAAGGAGAGAAAAAAAGAGGGAGACUGAGCCAGAGAGAGAGUGAAAUGAGCAACUGAGCAGCUUCUAUUCUCAAUGAAGAAGGGGUGAAUAAGCGACUGCUUUUUUGAAAAGGAGAAAACCAACUUGACACUCUCGGACAGAGGGCGGUAACAAGACCCCCCUUGCGAUUUGUUUUUGGAUGAAUAUGCCAUCAGGGGUGGACAACACGAGAAAAGAAAGAGAAAAAGUAUUCAGGGCUUGUUGUUAAUUUCUCAUCUGGCACAGACUUUUCCCCUCUUUCUUUCCUUCUCUCUCCAUUUCUUUUGUGGGUUUUCUUUAGUCUGUGUGUCGGCUGAGGUUUGUCGCUUCUCUAUAUAGCCGGACUCAGGCGGAACAGAGCUGAGGAGAAGACAACUCAUGUUGAGGUACAGAGCUGGGGGCGUAAAUUGUUCCCCUCUCCAACUUUCCGCCCUCUCUACUUCUUCUGACCUGUUUUCUCCAGACUCCAAGGGUGGCCCCCACAUGCGAGUGGCGAGGGGGAAGGGGGCCACAGUGUUUUGAACCGAGGAAGUGGGUGGUGAAAAAAAGAACCCCCUUCACGCUCCUAAGAGCAUAUGGUUAAUCGAGUGGUGGCCAGCUGCUUACUAGCCCCCCUGCUAAAUACGCUAACGCUAGAUACAAGUGCGCAGCGACGGGGGAAGCUUCGUGCUCCGUGCUCGGAGAAGACAGUCGCAUUGCCGUGUUGCUGUUGCCUUUAUUUCGGUCCUGACUAGAGCUAUAAGGAACAAUAAGCCGGCGGGCAGCCAAGUGAAAACAAAGAGCCGGUUGUUGUUGUUUUCCUUGGAGCGUUUUGUAAGGAAAAGAAAAGGAGGCUAAUGAAUGUCUUCAGAGCGCCAGAGCUGCCGGAGCUCUAGCCCCAAGCUCCCAGUUUAUCAGCCACAGGAGGCUGAAGAAAGAUGCUCCCCCGCCAAAUCACCAGCAGCUACUCUUGACGAAUGCUGUGGUAGUGUGGCGGAACCUGGCUUGUUUUGUGAGGGAUCCUGGGGCAAUAAGGAGACCAGUGUGUUUUGCAACAGUGGACCAGUGCUGCAAAGAGAUCAAGGAGGCUUCUUACUGUAAUUACUGUUGAGUUACUGUGGAACUUUGGCACCUUUUGAACUAGCACGUACACACACACACACACACACGCACACACACAAACAGAGACACACACACACAUUUACACUUUCAUAUUGUACAUAUACUCACUCCACAUACGUACACACCAAUCUGUUGUCAUCUCCUUUCCAGUACUUGGAUUAAAAUGGAGGUAGCGUGGACAGCUGGGGGCCUAUAGCAGUGCAGGCCCACACCCUUCUGUCCUCUUCCCACCAAUGGAUGUUAUUACUGUCCAAAAUGAGUUGCCUGGAAACCAUUGAAAGCUCCUCAACGCAUCUUUCUGAAAGCAACUGCGACUCCCUCCCCACGGCGGAACACAGCUGGAUUCAGGGCUGAAUCUACCAACUAUUACCCAGUCUAUCAUUCUGUCCUCCCUCCUUUCUGGUGUCAUUUGUAUUCCUUGGUUCAUCGGGUUCUUCUUCUCCCACCCCGUUACUCGUACCUUCCCACCGGGCGGACGGACUCUGGAAGUGGAGUAUGACCAGUUGCCAUUACCCUACGCCGCCCCCGGAGCGGGACCGGAUGUACCAACACAAGGUGUCCCUGGUGGUGCGCUACUUUAUGAUCCCCUGUAACAUAUGUCUCAUCCUGCUGGCCACCUCCACGCUGGGCUUCGCCGUGCUGCUCUUCCUCAACAACUACAAACCUGUUCACUUCACGCCGGCCCAGCCUCCUGACGGUUGCAGAGGUAUGCUGUGCGGCUUCGGGGCGGUGUGUGAGCGUGAAGCGGCUGACCCCUCUAAGGCGGAGUGCGUAUGCAAGAAGAUGGUUUGUCCGUCGGUUGUGGCGCCCGUGUGCGGCUCAGACUCCUCCACCUACUCCAACGAGUGCGAGCUGGAGAAGGCCCAGUGCAACACGCAGCGCCGCAUCAAGGUGCUGCGCAAGGGACCCUGUGCCCUGAAGGAUCCAUGCAGCGAGGUGAUCUGCAGUUACGGCAGCACCUGCAUCCAGUCAUCGGACGGCCUGUCAGCCAAGUGCAUGUGCCCGCUGAGCUGCGAAGGCAAGCCCGAGCAGGUGAUGUGUGGCAGCGAUGGCCAGGACUACCACAACGAGUGUGAGCUCCACAAGCAGGCCUGCCAUACCAAGAAGAACAUCCGCCUUCAGCGCCAGGGAUCCUGCAACCCAUGUAAAGGCCUCGAGAACAACCUGAACGUUGCAUGCCGGGUGGAACCGCGCACCCACCAGCCCCUGAAUAUCCCCCGCCCGGAGUCCUGCCCAGCCGUCAAUGAGCCACUGUGUGCCAGCGACGGGCAGACGUACGAGAGCGAGUGCCAUAUGAAGCGGACGGGCAUGCAGAAGGGCAUUGAACUCAAGAAGAUCCACCCGGGCCGCUGCAAGAAACAAGAGGAGUGCAGGGAGGAGUGCAAGUUCAACAGCGUGUGCCAGGUGGAGCGUCUGGGCAUGCGCUGCUCCUGCGAGCCCAUCCAGUGCGACGGCACCUACAAGCCGCUGUGCGGCAAGGACGGCCACACCUACAUCAACGACUGCGAGCGCCGGCGGGCUGAGUGCCAGGCCAAGGCCCAUAUUCCAGUCAAGCAGCAAGGCCCGUGUGAUCUACACACUCCCAGCCCAUGCCUGGGGAAGGCCUGCGAGUUCGGGGCCGCGUGCGUGGUGAAGAACAACGAGCCCGUGUGCGAGUGCCAUGGCGCCUGCCCCCAGAUGCCCGACCUGGUGUGCGGCAGUGACGGCCACAGCUACGGCAGCCAGUGUGAGAUGAAGGCCAUGGGCUGCGCCCUGCAGAAGGAGAUUCACAUCCAGCACCGAGGACCCUGCGACGAGGCGUGUGCCAACUGUUCAUUUGGGGCGAUCUGCGACGGGCAGUCGGGCCGCUGUGUGUGCCCGCAGGAGUGUGUGGAGUCCCACCAACCGGUGUGCGGCAGCGACGGCUCCACCUACGACAGCGAGUGUGAGCUCCACGUGCGUGCCUGUACCGAGCAGCUUGACCUGCGCGUGCUCGCCCAGGGAGAAUGCAAGACGUGCGGCAGCGCCGUGUGUGCCUGGGGGGCCCGCUGCGUCCAGAACAAGUGCGAGUGCCCGCAAUGCCAGGGCCAGGCCUUCUCGCCCGUGUGCGGCAGCGACGGCUUCACCUACGACAACACCUGCGAGCUGGGUGUGGCCUCCUGCGUCCUCAAAAAGAAGAUCGAGGCGGCCAAGCCUGGCAGCUGCGACGAAGAUUGUGGUUCAGGAGGAUCGGGGUCAGGUAUUGAGAGCUGCGAACAGGACAGGUGUCGUACGUUCGGAGGAUCGUGGGACGAGGACGCAGAGGACGACCGCUGUGUCUGUGACUUUGACUGCCAUCGCGUGCCUCGCAACCCGGUGUGUGGCUCAAAUGGGAAGACCUACAGCAACGAGUGUGAAAUGAAGAAGGCUAGGUGUGAAAAGCAGGAGCACCUGCUGAUCCAGAAUCAGGGACCCUGUACAGCGAUUUUGGCCACCUCUCCGACAAAGCUGACAGCGCAAGAACACUGCAGUCUGUCAGUCUAUGGCUGUUGCCGUGACAACAAGACGGCGGCCCUUGGUGUGGGACUUGCUGGAUGCCCCAGUACAUGCCAGUGUAACCCGUACGGCUCCUACAAGGGGACUUGUGACCCGGGCAGCGGCCAGUGCUCCUGUAAGCCCGGCGUCGGGGGACAGAAGUGCGACCGCUGCGAUCCAAGCUUCUGGAACUUCCGCGGCAUCGUCACAGAGAACUUGAGCGGCUGCACACCGUGUAACUGCGACGCGGUGGGCUCAGUGAGGGACGACUGCGAGCAAAUGUCAGGCCUGUGCUCCUGCAAGACGGGAGUGAAGGGCAUGAAGUGCAACGUGUGCCCCGACGGCAGCAAGAUGGGUAUGAGCGGCUGCGACACAGGUGCUGAUGCCCCAACUUCAUGUGAUGAGCUGGACUGCAAGUUUGGCGCGUUGUGUGACGAGGUCAACGGUCAAGCCCACUGCGAAUGUCCCUCUCCCGACUGUGACGAGAAGAACAAGACCAAGGUGUGUGGCUCUGAUGGGGUGACCUACGCUGACCAGUGCCAGCUGAGGACCAUUGCCUGUAGGCAGGACAAGCACAUCACAGUGGAACGCUUUGGCCAGUGUACAGAAAGCAUCAUAGAGCCGGCCGGCCGACCCACUCUUUACCCCCCCACCUCCCACGCCGCCGCCACCACCCCCUCCACCGCCCACGUCAGGCUCACGUCGCCGCACUACGGCGCAUCACUCUCUCCUUGGGACGAUGAUCAAACGGAGGGGCCCCCGGCCUCUUUCGUGGAAGCCUUGCCGCCCCCCAUGGCCACGGAGAGCGCGCUCACUACCAACCGCCCCGUCACCACCCCCCGCCACUCACCUCACUCCACCACCCCCCGCGUGCCCAGCCAUACCAGCCCUGGCUCCUCCUCUACCGCCUUUGAAGACUCAGGGAGCGGCGAGCCCAGCGGAGACGACCAGGUGGCGGAAGAGGAGGAGAAUGAGGAGGAAGGUAGCGCCUUCGGCGUUCUGGAGGCGAGCGGAGAGGAGCCAGUUGACCCCACAGCCGCGGCCACCACCAUCCCCACGGCGGAAGAUCGCUCGUCGUGUGACAACACUCCCUUCGGCUGCUGUCCUGACGGCAAGACGGCCUCCAGCAGCUCUGAGGGAGCCAAUUGCCCCCCCACCAUGAGGUUCAGCGGCUUCCUGCACCUAGACCAGGUGGAGGGCCAGGAGGUGUUCUACACCCCUGAGAUGGAGGAUCCCAAGUCUGAGCUGUUUGGGGAGACGGCCAGGAGCAUCGAGAGUGCUCUGAACGAGUUGUUCCGGAAGUCAGAGGUGCAGAAGGACUUCAUGAGUGUCCGCGUCCGCAGCCUGGCUCCCAGCAACUCCAUCUUGGCCUUCGUCGAGGCCCACUUUGACUCAGAGACCAGGUACACAGUGGAGGACAUCGAGGGAGCCCUGCUCAAGCAGCUGAAGGCAGCCAAGGAGACGGCCAUCAUGGUGAAGAAGCCAGAGGAGGAGAACAUUCGCUUCACCAACUACGGCCUCUCCUCCCUCCCCUACUUCACCACAACCACCGUUACAACGGCCACAGCCACCACCCCCACCGCCAGCCCCUCCCCCUUCAUCACAAGCCGUCCCCCGGGCACCACCCGCCGCCCUUACACCAGCCGCCGGACCACCACCGCCCCCUCGCCAGUGACCACCCCGGCCCCCACUACUACCAUCACCCCCCUCCACAGGACCAGGCCUGUGCCCCACCACACCAAGGCCCAGCGGCCCUGCGACUCCCACCCCUGCCGCCACGGGGGCACCUGCGAGGACGACGGUGCCGACUUCACCUGCAUCUGCCCCGCCGGGAGAGGGGGCGCCGUCUGCGAGAAACUGAUCAAGUACUUCAUUCCGUCGUUCGGUGGUAAGUCCUACCUGGCCUUUGACACCAUGAAGGCUUACCACACGGUCCGCAUUGCCAUGGAAUUCAGGGCCGCCGAGAUGACGGGCAUCCUCCUCUUCAACGGCCAGGAUGGCAAGAAGGACUUCCUGUCUCUCACCCUGGUCAACGGCAAGGUGGAGCUCAAGUUCAACACAGGUUCGGGCACAGGCACCUUGGUCAGCAAGGUCCAGGUUAAGCAGGGUCGCUGGCACCAGCUGGUAGUGACAAGGAACCGGCGCAACGCCAUGCUGAGCGUGGACAAUGAGACCCACAUCGACGGCGCCAGCCCACCCGGCACCGACGGCCUCAACCUGGACACACACCUGUUCAUCGGAGGGGUGCCCGAAGACAUGAUGACAGAUGUGAAGGAGAGAACCUCCAUUGGUACGGGUCUGGUGGGCUGUGUGCGCAUGCUGGACGUCAACAACCUGGUGUACAACCUGCAAGAGAAGAGUGGCAACGUGCUGUACGGCACCGGCGUGGGCGAGUGCGGCAACAAUCCGUGCCAGCCUAACCCUUGCAAGAAUGGCGCUCCAUGCCAGGUCAAGGAGGCCGAGAUGUUCCACUGCAAGUGCAUCAACGGCUACUCCGGUCCGACGUGCGCCGACACCCACAACCCAUGCGAGCCCAACAGAUGCCACCCCUCGUCCCAGUGCCAGGUGCAGCCGGAGGGAGGGUACAAGUGCGAGUGUCCCAUGGGUCGCGAGGGACGCCACUGCGAAAAAGUGUCGGAGAAGAAAGGGGCCUACAUGCCAUUCUUUAGCGGAGACUCUUACCUGGAGCUGAAGGGAUUGCACACCUACGGUCACGAUCUCCACCAAAAGGUCAGCAUGACAGUGGUGCUCAUGGCCAAUGACUCCAACGGCAUGAUCUUCUACAGCGGCCAGAAGACGGACGGCAAAGGGGACUUCAUCUCCCUCUCCCUCAACGACGGCAUCCUGGAGUUCCGCUAUGACCUGGGCAAGGGCCCCGCUGUCAUCAGGAGUAAAGAUAAGAUCAAGAUGGGCGUGUGGAACACAGUGAACCUGGAGCGGGCCAAUCGAAAGGGAGAGAUUAACAUCAACGGAAAGGACCCAGUCAGAGGAGAGUCGCCGAAAUCACGGAAGAACCAACACACCGCUCUCAACUUGAAGGAGUCUCUGUUUGUGGGUGGUGCUCCUGAUUUCAGCCGGCUAGCAAGGGCAGCCUCGCUCAAAGAUGGCUUCAAGGGGACAAUUCAGAAGAUCACCCUGAUGGGCACGCCUAUCCUCCGGCAAGAGAACGCGCUGCACUCCAGUGACGUGGCCAUGUUCGAGGGCCACCCCUGCAGCCGUGAGCCCUGCCACAACGGGGGUCGCUGCAACCCCCUGCUGGAGAGCUAUGAGUGUGUGUGCCUCCUCGGCUUCACAGGCACACACUGUCAGAACACCAUCUUCGAGAAGUCCGCCGGGGAAACGGAGUCCAUCUCCUUUGACGGCCGGACAUUCAUUGAGUACCACAACGCCGUCACCAAGAGCCAACUGACCAAUGAGAUUCCGGAUCCAGAGUCACUGGAGAACCCGUCAGAGCAAAGUGAGAAAGCCCUGCUGGUGAACAAGUUUGAACUGAGCAUUAAGACCGAGGCCACUCAGGGCCUGGUGCUGUGGAGUGGUAAGGGCGUGGAGCGAUCUGACUACAUCGCCCUGGCAGUGGUGGACGGCCGUGUGCAGAUGACCUACGACCUGGGCUCCAAGCCUGUGGUGCUGCGCUCGACGGUCCGCGUCAACACCAACCGCUGGAUCCGCAUCAAGGCCAGCAGAGCACUUAGGGACGGCUCUCUCCAGGUGGGCAACGAGGCGGCGGUCACGGGGUCGUCGCCCCUGGCAGCCACUCAGCUGGACACAGACGGAGCCCUCUGGUUGGGUGGCUUGGAGGAGUUGGCUGUAGCCCGGAGACUGCCUAAGGCCUACAGCACAGGCUUUGUGGGCUGUGUAAAGGAUGUUGCGGUGGACGGCGUGGAGCUCCACCUGGUGGAGGACGCCCUGAACAGCCCCAAAAUAUUACACUGUUCCGCCUCUGGCACGGCAGUCACGGCCAAAAAAUAGCCUGUCUAAAAUCACUCCCUCCAUAAACGCCAUGUCUACUGCUGUAAUUAUUUUAUAUUUUUGUAUACUUUUCAUUGCUUUUUAUAUUGAAAAUAAAAAGAAUACGUUGUUUUAAUUUUUUUUUUUUAUAUAUAUAUUUUUUUGUUUUCUGCGCCUCCUGUUCAUUCAUUAUCCCCGCCCUGAAACGCAGGUGUACAAACCGUACAUAUACGCAUACUUUUGUGUGACGUCGCGAGACAAGUGUAAGCUGUAUUCAUUGUGUUGUUUUGUUGUUUUAAAACAAACAUGAACAAAACCUCUCCCUCGCUCAUUACUUGAACACUGGUGAAUCACAUUGGUGCUCUCUAUUAUUUCCUUGUCUUGAUGCCACAUCAUUCACUACCACACAACACAGCCUAUAGAAAUACAUACAUACAAACAUUCCCCUGUGAGAUACAUACUGCUGUUUCCUUGGUCAUGGUCAUUAGAGCACACUGUUACAAAACGUUUUUAGAACAUUUUGCAACGGAAAAUGAAAACGGGCAUGUCUGUUUGGGCGUGAAAUUGGGCGUGUCUGUUUUCUUCCGUUUGGUGCCUAAUGAACAGGACAUCCUAGGUAUCCUAGAACCCUCUGCUUGCUACCAGUAGGGCUGCUCAGAAUGAACUUCUGAAACCGCUUAAUCAAACUCCUCAAACAGCGCAAAUGCUCUACAUUGCCUCUCAAUCAACGACUUGAGUUUUGAAAUAUUUCGCUAUUCGCAAACCCCCAGAGCUGAACAAAGACAAAGUGCCCUGCAUUCAAGAACAACACACAUAUCAUCAUUCCACAACAUGCAUCAAUCAAGAAAUGUAAUAAUAAUUGAAAUAAAUAAAUGUAAUAAAUAUAGACUAUAUAAAUACCUGAGACUGUGAAUAUGUAAGAUUGGUUCUCUUCUCAAGAAUUGUGAAUCUCAUGUAUUGUGCUUUCUAUUUUACAAUCAGGAUGACCAUUAGUUGCAUGCACUUUCUGCAGUGUUGGUUUUGUUUUGUUUUGGUUUCACUGUGUUGCCGGCCAAGUGGAUUACCUGUCGCAAACACGCGCUGUGUUUUACAAAACGGUUCAACUAUCUGAUUUCACUGAGCUAGGAUAACUAUUUAAUUUUGGUGGGGUCCUUUUUUGAGCACUUGUUUUUCUAUUGGAGUUUGUUUUGCUGGACUUGGAAUGGCUCAAAAGGACAGGUUGUUGUUGUUACCGCAACUUGCCUGGUGGGAGUGCUGUAAGCUCAGGCUGAAGAGAGGACCGACCAAGAGGAAGAGGCGAGAUACUGUAUCAUACCAUAGGAGGCAAUAGGACCCUCAAAUGCUCAGUCAUGGAAUGUUCAGUAGUCAACGAAAUUCUUCAGUCUUUCAAACUUCAAAGUCAAUUUUUUUAUCAAAUUGGAAUGAAGACUGGGUUAUACUUUCUCUUGCAUUACGAGUGAUCCAUCUCUUGCUGUUGGAAAAGUGCUAAUGUGAGGAGUUGGGACAUUUGGCAGCAAAAUGAGGGAAAAAAUAGCAAACAUAAUCGCAAUUACUAAUAAACGUACUUAUGCAUGGGUUUGUAUUGUCGAGAUGAAUUCUGUAACAUCCAAAAACUCAUAAUGCAAUGCAAAAACUAAACUGCAAUGACUGACAUAAACCCACUCUGUUUUGAUAUAUAAGAUACUUGGCAAUAUUAUAAGAGAAAAAUGCUUGUUCAAGGUUGAGUAUCAGUGGUAUUGUACUAGUUUGUUUAAGUUCUUCAUUAUUUUCCCCUCGCGAUACAAAAACGGCCAUUUUGUACAGCCCUGAAAUUUGUAAGUGAAAAUUUUGCAAUGUGUAAAACUGUAGAGGUUAUGUUUUUAGUGCUAUACACUGGAAAUAAGUCUGACUUGUCUGUUCACGACACACAAUAAUGAUGUUCCUAUGUCAAUGAGGAGGGGAAGAGCAUCAGAGUAUAUGGCUUUUGAGUGUAAUCAAGGACUAGUGUCCAAUCCAAGACCAGGAACCCUAGGUGUGUGUGUGUGUGUGUGUACACCACUGUAUUUAAAUGUUGUAUUCCUGUUGAAUAUGACCAAUUCCAGUAGUACAUGAACAGUGGGUUCCUGUGUUAGUGGCACUCAGAAGACAAGUGGCGCAGGCUCAAGAGUGAGACGACACGAUCUAAUGUCGGGGUGGUCAAAACUGUCUAUGAAUUGCCUUAAAACAGGUCAGCGGCCUACAGGUUGACAAAGUCAUUAUCCAUACUGUUCUGUGCUCUUACUUUGGCCAGCAUACUAGCCUCAUCAUCUUCAUGUAAAUUAAUACAUAAUAAUUAUAUUAAUAAUUCUCAUACAAAUCCUCAGAGGGACGCACAAAUGGUCGACCUCUGGCUUUACAUAAAAUAUACUAUUUACUGUUUGAAUCUAUUUUCUGUUCCUUAUUUAUGUCUUCAUGUGGAUUCCGUCUGGCCUCUGUAAACUACUGUUUGAUUGAGACACUCCUGAAGGGCAGUGCACCGAGUAAGAGUGGCAUGACCUGAUCAUUACUAACUUUAUUACCUUUGUCUUGUGUUCCUACCACCAUGAAAUAAAGUGUCAAACAAACA